AUGGCCGACCUACGACCCAUCAAUCAGCCAGAGGGACCUCUAGGGGUUUUCUCUGGUGAAAGCUCUUCAAAUCAAGCCUUAAACGAGCCAAAACCACCGGAUAUUGACCGAAAUCCACACGACCAUGUCGCACCCCCUGAUCUGAUGGACCUCGAUGGCGAGUCCACAGAUGCCGAUGAAAACGGCGAUUUAGAGCCAUCUUUCGAGACAGCAUUGUCAACUACUUCCGAGGAACCAGCCCAACUACGGGAUAAUCCCAUGGACGGACUGGUUAGUCAGAACCAGACCCAAUUAAGCUCCACUAUGGACAGUUUUGAAACUUCGGUUUCGAAAAAUUUUCACGAUCACGUGAUCGGACAGGUACACGACCAGGAAAUGGCUGCAAAUGAUGAAAAUGAAAUGGUUUCCACUUCUUUAGAAUCUACCAGCAGAUCAACUGAUUUACCAGAACAAGAAGACUCUCUUCUUAUUCACCAUCAACAUGAAAACGCCAAAACCCAAAAAAACAAAGAAAAUUUACAAAACUCCCAAAAAAAUACAGGAAACUUACAAAACUCAAAAAAAAACUCAAAAAACUCAAAAAAUUCAAAAACAACUCAACCAAAUGUUGAUCAGAUCUUCCCUAUCUUAGGAACUGCCAGCAAAUCAGCCAAAACAGGUUUACGUACCUUCAAUAUUGCCAAACAAGUACCAAUCCCAAUACUCAAUCCAAAAAAUGGCCCAUCUGCUAGCCAACUCCAAAAGGUAAUUGUGGACAGAGACUCCUCACCUAUUCUUCAAGACGCAAAAACUAGACGUAAGCAAUUGACCGAACUACACGAAACUACCGGUCACCUUUCAGAAGAACAAUACCGUCAAUUAGCAAACACCUACUAUCUCCAAAAAUAUGCCAACUCCCUUUCAGAUCUCAAUUGGGCGGGACAAGAAGAAAGACUUAAGGCAUGGAAUGUGCCCCAAGAUUUCUGCCUUACCGCACUCGGUGAGAUUGCUCGAAAUUCAAACGAGAAAAGAUACGUACGUCUUCAAAUAGACGCUUUCUAUAACAAAAAUGACCAUCUCGACCAAAGGCAUUCAAUGCGGGCCGAGGAAAUGGCCAAAAUAAUUGAAAAACACCUUACAGAGACUAUCCCAAACAAAUGGCCCAUGGUCUCCCAAAACAAUAACAAAACUUUAAAUGAACUCCAUAAAUCCUUGGAGUUCUUAAAAAGUCAAUUCGACCCCGGCUCAAAUGACGAAUUUGAAGCCACUAAGGACAUAAAAGACAAAAUGCAGCAAUUGUCUAGAGAAAUAAGUUUCAGCGCUACAAUGAGAGAUGUUAAAGACAAGUUCCAUACAAUUGUAAGAGAUAACACUCAUGUGGAUUUUCGUUUCGGAAGCAUAGUAACUCAGGAUCGGAUCCCAGAACUGGCUCAACAGAAAUCAACACCCAUGACAACUUGGCUUGAAAGAUUUCAACAACUUUUCCACUCACCUUACGUGGGCAGUGAAGACACCUUUGAAUUUCAGCUCAGUCUUGUAAGGCCAAAGCAACUAUCCAACAUGUAUCUAGUUGGCAUAAAAGCUUCGUCGGACUUCCCAGAUCCGCGAGACAUCCUAGACAUCAUGUUCCACACAAAAGAUUUUGAAAUUCCUCAAUACAUCGAUACAUCCUUACCUUCUCGUAAACCCUCGAGACGACAGGACCGAAUCCCGUACGAAAUUCUACAUCAAUUCAUAAGAAAGGCACCAAUCUUAAAUUACACUGACAAAAAAGCAGACUUUACACACGUCCUGUUCUUCUUGAUUGGCAGCAACUCAGACAAUAUUCCCAACAGAAAGAGUAUCUUCUUGGAAAACGUCCAACUUGACAUCAUCUCUUCAUACCAAUUCUGUUUCAGAUGCCACAACAACAAGCACACUACCAAAAGAUGUCCAGUUCCCAAAUCAACCACAUUGUUCCAAAGUCGGCCCUUAACACAAUGGCCCACUAAGGUACCAUCCCCAAACAAACAGAACCAUCCAAUAACCCUCACCACGGGUCCCAGAACUACAAAUCAAGACGGGGAUGGCUUUAGUCGACCCACGAAAAGAUCUAGACAAAAGACAACCCCCAGUCCACCAACUAUCCCACAACAACAGAAUAGCUUCGAGGUGCUCCCGAUAGAGGACCUCACAACACAAGAGGUUACAGCAGAGGAGACCGAAGCCACACGCAACCGGCCAAACACUGUUUCAUCUACACCACAAGCACCAUCACGUCACGAAACCCCGAAAGCCAUUAACAAGAACAACGAUAAAGCCCCUGAAAUUUCAACACAAGACGAUGAAAUGGUGUACUACACCGAUGACGAAGAACCCUCGACUAUAAAUGACGAGGACACCCAACUCGCUCCAUCUACAUUGAUUGAGCAACAACAAAAAAAUUCAAAAGUGGAUACCACCCCAAAUACUCCACAAUACACUACUGACAUGCUCCCUCUGAAGCAUGCACCUAAAUCAAAUUCAAGAUCUCAACCGGUAACUCCCUCCCGGCCUACUAGCAUGCUCCCUCUGAAGCAUGCUCCCAUAACUAGUUCCAAAUCUCAACCGGUAACCCCUGCCCGGCUUGGAUCCAAGGUCCUCAAACCUGCGUCAACAGGUAAGAAACCCUGGACACCGACACCCACUCCCAGGACCACGAAUGGCCCUAGUGGGUCCCCCGCAAGGACUCCGACCACGUCAAUACGACUACCUUCUCUCCUAAACAACAGUAGAACAAACUAUAGUGAAUUAAGGGAAUCACAAAUGGGAUCGACCAUUAGUUUUCCUGAGUCUAUGAGGACAUCCAACCUCAACAUCCCCGACUCUUCACUAAUUCUACAAACUCAAAUUGAGGAAGCAACUCAAGUAGAUUCUCCAGGCCAACAACAGGCACCAGGUCACAAUCCAUUAACAGAUGACAACCUGGACCUAAGUAUGGACAUAGAGGACAUCAACGUUCAUUCUGAUAAUACUAAUUAUUAA